AUGACCAGCCCUACAAGCACGAUUCUUAUUGAGGAUGACGAACUACCCCCGAGCUGGCGGCCAACCGAUUCACAGGUCCAAAGGACGUCUCCACGUACAUCUCUUGAGAUUCUGAUUCGACCAAAUGAUGCUACAAGUGGUGAACCAUCUCGCAAACGCAAAAGGGUCAAUAAGCUACCUGGCACUCUGGACACCUGUUUCAAGAAGCUGCGUAAGACAUUUGACCAAGAAAUUGAAACGCGCGAUCGAAAAGUUGAAGACCUCGAUCAAAAGGUUGAAGACCUCAGUCAAGAAGUUGAAAAGCUGGAAAAGCAAGUCCAGGAUCUUCAGCGUGAGCUUCUCCUACAGAAUGACCGGCAUCAAGAGGAGCUUUCCCGACGACGCAUCCUGGAGUGCAAGAUUUGCCUCGAACAGCCAGAUGGUUGGCAUUAUCUACUUUGCGGGCAUAUGCUUUGCGAGCCAUGCGCAAAACGGAUUGGUCAAAAUCCAUGCCCUUUCUGUAGAACAAGGUUUUCCGGGUUUGUCUACUGCUAUCCAUUUGCAUGA